GGGGCCCGGCGGAGCGCCUAGCCUGGCUGCUUCCCCACAGAACGACGCGAGGCGCCCGCAGCCCCCCUGGCCCAGCCAUGGCCCCCUGGCGCAAAACUGACAAGGAGCGGCACGGCGUGGCCAUAUACAACUUCCAAGGGAGUGGAGCCCUCCAGCUCUCCCUGCAGAUUGGUGAUGUGGUGCGAAUACAGGAGACCUGCGGAGAUUGGUAUAGGGGAUACCUCCUAAAGCACAAAAUGUUACAGGGCAUUUUCCCUAAAUCCUUUAUCCACAUCAAGGAAGUGACAGUGGAGAAAAGAAGAGUUCUGUCUCCCACCUUAAAUAGAAAUAUCGAGAACAUCAUUCCUGCAGAAAUUCCUCUGGCACAAGAAGUGACAACGACACUUUGGGAGUGGGGCAGCAUCUGGAAACAGCUCUACGUGGCCAGCAAAAAGGAUCGGUUCCUGCAGGUGCAGGCCAUGAUGUACGACCUGAUGGAGUGGCGGUCCCAGCUCCUCUCAGGAACUCUGCCUAAGGACGAGUUGAAGGAACUGAAGCAGAAAGUCACAUCCAAAAUAGACUAUGGCAACAAAAUUCUUGAGCUUGAUCUGAUUGUCAGAGAUGAUGAUGGAAAUAUCUUGGACCCUGAUAAUACCAGCGUCAUCAGCUUGUUCCAUGCACAUGAGGAGGCGACUGAUAAAAUCACAGAGCGCAUCAAGGAAGAAUUGUCAAAAGACCAGCCAGAUUAUGGAAUGUAUUCCCGGAUCUCCUCAUCCCCCACCCACAGCCUCUAUGUCUUUGUGAGAAACUUUGUGUGCAGAAUUGGGGAAGAUGCUGAGCUUUUCAUGUCUCUCUAUGACCCCAACAAGCAAACUGUCAUAAGUGAGAACUACCUGGUGCGAUGGGGCAGCAGGGGCUUCCCGAAGGAGAUCGAGAUGCUCAACAACCUGAAGGUGGUCUUCACGGACCUCGGAAACAAAGACCUCAACAGGGAUAAAAUUUACUUGAUUUGUCAAAUAGUCCGAGUUGGGAAGAUGGAUCUCAAGGAUACUAAUACAAAGAAGUGCACGCAGGGACUGAGACGGCCCUUUGGGGUUGCAGUUAUGGACAUAACAGACAUCAUCAAGGGGAAAGCAGAGAGUGAUGAAGAAAAGCAACACUUCAUUCCUUUUCACCCAGUAACAGCUGAGAAUGACUUCCUCCAUAGCCUGCUGGGCAAAGUCACGGCCUCCAAGGGAGACAGUGGAGGGCAAGGCCUCUGGGUGACCAUGAAGAUGCUUGUGGGUGACAUCAUUCAGAUCCGCAAGGACUACCCACACCUGGUGGAUAGGACUACUGUGGUGGCCAGGAAGCUGGGCUUCCCAGAGAUCAUCAUGCCAGGAGAUGUCAGGAACGACAUCUACAUCACUCUCUUACAAGGAGACUUUGACAAGUACAACAAGACCACACAGAGGAAUGUUGAAGUGAUCAUGUGUGUGUGUGCAGAGGAUGGCAAAACGCUACCUAAUGCAAUUUGUGUAGGAGCUGGGGACAAGCCCAUGAAUGAAUAUCGGUCCGUUGUGUACUAUCAAGUCAAACAGCCACGGUGGAUGGAAACAGUCAAGGUGGCUGUCCCUAUUGAAGACAUGCAGAGAAUCCAUCUGAGAUUCAUGUUUCGACAUCGGUCAUCCCUGGAAUCUAAAGAUAAAGGAGAAAAGAACUUUGCCAUGUCCUAUGUGAAGUUGAUGAAGGAAGAUGGGACCACUCUGCAAGAUGGGUGCCAUGACUUGGUCGUCCUAAAGGGGGAGAGUAAGAAGAUGGAGGAUGCCAGUGCUUACCUGACACUUCCUUCUUAUCGACACCAUGUGGAAAACAAGGGGGCCACCUUGAGUCGAAGCUCCAGCAGUGUUGGGGGGCUCUCUGUCAGCUCCCGGGAUGUAUUCUCCAUUUCCACCCUGGUGUGUUCCACAAAGCUCACCCAGAAUGUGGGCUUGCUGGGUUUGCUUAAGUGGCGUAUGAAGCCUCAGCUGCUACAGGAAAACUUAGAAAAAUUGAAGAUUGUCGAUGGAGAGGAAGUGGUAAAGUUUCUCCAGGAUACUCUGGAUGCCCUCUUCAAUAUCAUGAUGGAGCAUUCUCAAAGUAAUGAGUACGACAUCCUCGUCUUCGAUGCAUUGAUCUACAUAAUAGGACUCAUUGCUGACCGGAAAUUCCAGCACUUCAACACUGUUCUGGAGGCUUACAUUCAACAGCAUUUCAGUGCCACCUUGGCUUACAAGAAAUUGAUGACGGUGCUGAAGACUUACUUGGAUACCUCCAGCAGAGGGGAGCAAUGUGAGCCUAUCCUACGAACUCUGAAAGCUUUGGAAUAUGUGUUCAAGUUCAUUGUUCGGUCGAGGACAUUAUUUUCACAGCUUUACGAAGGCAAAGAACAGAUGGAGUUUGAAGAAUCCAUGAGACGGCUCUUUGAAUCCAUCAACAACCUGAUGAAAAGUCAGUAUAAAACAACCAUCCUUUUGCAGGUGGCAGCUUUGAAAUACAUCCCAUCUGUCCUCCAUGAUGUGGAAACAGUCUUUGAUGCGAAGUUACUCAGCCAACUCCUAUAUGAGUUCUACACCUGCAUCCCCCCUGUGAAACUCCAAAAGCAGAAAGUCCAGUCUAUGAAUGAGAUAGUCCAGAGCAACCUCUUUAAAAAGCAAGAAUGCCGGGACAUUCUGCUUCCUGUCAUCACCAAAGAACUGAAGGAGCUGCUGGAGCAGAGGGAUGAGAUGCAACACCAGGUCCAGGAGAAGAAGUACUGUGUCGAAUUACUCAACAGCAUUUUGGAGGUCCUCAGCUGUCAGGAUGCGGCCUUUACCUACCACCAUAUCCAAGAAAUCAUGGUCCAGCUUCUUCGUACAGUGAAUCGGACGGUCAUCACGAUGGGGCGGGAUCAUGUUCUGAUUAGUCACUUUGUGGCAUGUAUGACAGCCAUCUUAAACCAGAUGGGUGACCAGCACUAUUCCUUCUAUAUUGAGACCUUCCAGACCAGCUCUGAACUUGUGGACUUCUUGAUGGAGACCUUCAUCAUGUUCAAGGACCUCAUUGGGAAAAAUGUGUAUCCUGUAGAUUGGAUGGCCAUGAGUAUGGUUCAGAACAGGGUCUUCCUGAGAGCGAUCAACAAGUUUGCAGAAACCAUGAAUCAGAAGUUCCUGGAACACACAAACUUUGAGUUCCAGCUGUGGAACAACUAUUUUCAUCUGGCGGUGGCUUUUAUCACUCAGGAUUCUCUGCAGCUGGAGCAGUUCUCGCACGCCAAAUACAACAAAAUCCUGAAUAAGUAUGGGGACAUGAGACGGCUAAUUGGCUUCUCCAUCCGUGAUAUGUGGUACAAGCUUGGCCAGAACAAAAUCUGCUUCAUCCCAGGCAUGGUGGGACCUAUAUUAGAGAUGACACUUAUCCCUGAGGCUGAGCUCCGGAAAGCCACCAUACCAAUCUUCUUCGACAUGAUGCUGUGUGAAUAUCAAAGGAGUGGGGAUUUCAAAAAGUUUGAAAAUGAGAUCAUCCUCAAGCUGGACCAUGAGGUGGAAGGAGGCCGAGGAGACGAGCAGUACAUGCAGCUGCUUGAGUCAAUCCUGAUGGAAUGUGCCGCAGAGCAUCCGACUAUUUUCAAGUCAGUGGAAAACUUUGUGAACCUGGUCAAAGGCCUCCUGGAGAAGCUGCUCGAUUACCGGGGUGUGAUGACCGACGAGAGCAAAGACAACCGCAUGAGCUGCACUGUGAAUCUGCUGAAUUUCUACAAAGAUAACAAUCGGGAAGAGAUGUACAUAAGGUACUUGUACAAACUCCGCGAUCUUCACCUGGAUUGUGAUAAUUACACAGAGGCUGCCUACACACUCCUUCUCCACACCUGGCUUCUCAAGUGGUCAGAUGAGCAGUGCGCAUCGCAGGUCAUGCAGACAGGCCAGCAGCACCCCCAGACUCACCGACAGCUGAAGGAGACGCUCUAUGAGAUCAUCAUAGGCUACUUUGACAAAGGAAAGAUGUGGGAAGAAGCCAUCAGUCUGUGCAAGGAGCUGGCGGAACAAUACGAGAUGGAGAUCUUUGACUAUGAGCUCCUGAGCCAGAACCUGAUCCAGCAGGCAAAAUUCUAUGAAAACAUCAUGAAAAUCCUCAGGCCCAAGCCAGACUACUUUGCUGUUGGAUACUAUGGCCAGGGAUUUCCCUCCUUUCUGCGGAACAAAGUGUUCAUCUACCGAGGGAAGGAGUAUGAGCGAAGAGAAGAUUUCCAGAUGCAGCUGAUGAGCCAGUUCCCCAAUGCAGAGAAGAUGAACACAACCUCUGCCCCUGGGGAUGACGUGAAGAAUGCCCCAGGCCAGUACAUCCAGUGUUUCACCGUCCAGCCUGUCUUGGAUGAACACCCAAGGUUCAAGAAUAAGCCAGUGCCUGACCAGAUAAUAAACUUUUAUAAAUCCAACUACGUGCAAAAGUUCCACUACUCCCGGCCUGUGCGCAAAGGGACCGUCGACCCUGAGAAUGAAUUUGCCUCGAUGUGGAUCGAGAGAACCUCCUUCAUAACUGCAUACAAGCUUCCAGGGAUCCUGCGCUGGUUUGAAGUGGUUCAAAUGUCCCAGACCACAAUUAGUCCUCUGGAGAAUGCCAUCGAAACCAUGUCCACAGCCAAUGAGAAGAUCCUGAUGAUGAUCAACCAGUACCAGAGUGACGAAAGCCUCCCCAUUAACCCACUGUCCAUGCUCCUGAAUGGGAUCGUGGACCCUGCUGUCAUGGGAGGUUUCGCCAAGUACGAGAAGGCCUUUUUCACAGAGGAGUACACGAGGGAUCACCCUGAGGACCAGGAAAAACUGAGCCGCCUCAAGGACCUGAUUGCAUGGCAGAUCCCUUUCCUGGGAGCUGGGAUCAAAAUCCAUGAGAAAAGAGUGUCAGAGAAUCUGCGGCCUUUCCAUGACCGGAUGGAAGAAUGCUUCAAGAACCUGAAAUUGAAGGUGGAGAAGGAGUAUGGUGUCCGAGAAAUGCCCGACUUUGAGGACAGGCGAGUGGGCCGCCCACGGUCCAUGCUGCGCUCCUACAGGCAGAUGUCCAUCAUCUCCAUGGCGUCCAUGAACUCUGACUGCAGCACCCCCAGCAAGACCGCCUCUGAGAGCUUUGACCUGGAGGUGGCACCUCCAAAGACUCCAAAAGCAGAGCCGGCGGAGCCGAUCUCUGUGGGGAGCACUCUGCCAGAAGUCAAGCUGCGGAGGUCCAAGAAGAGGGCCAAGAGGAGCAGCGUGGUGUUUGCGGAUGAGAAGGCAGCAGCCGAGUCGGACCUGAAGCGGCUUUCCAGGAAGCACGAGUUCAUGAGUGACACCAACCUCUCGGAGCAUGCAGCCAUUCCCCCCAGGUCAUCCAUCCUCUCUCAGAUGAGUUUCGCCAGUCAGUCCAUGCCCACCAUCCCAGCCCUCACGCUCUCUGUGGCAGGCAUACCUGGGAUGGAUGAUGCCAACGCGUCCCCCCGCCUCAGCCAGACCUUCUUCCCUCUCUCAGAGGGUGACAAGAAGACGCUCAAACGGAAGAAAGUAAAUCAGUUCUUCAAGGCGAUGCUGGCCAGCAAACCUCCUGAAGAAGGCAAACAGAUCCCUGACUUCCUGUCCUCUGACCUGUGAGAUGCUGCUGACCAGGGCCACACAUGGGGAGCCAGGGAGAGAAGUUUCCAGAGGAAGAGAGACACGGUGGGACGCUGAUGCCUCACACAGCGAGGAGACCUCCUACCAGUCGCCCUCACUCAGGAAGCAAGGGCUGAUCUGGCCCCUUGCGACCCAGGCGGUGGGUGAGGAUGCUGCGGCCUGGAUUGUGGGCUGUGGUCACAAGGAGCCAGCAAGGACACUUUGUCCCACUGUGCUCUCCCCAAUAUCCUUGGCGCAUCUUUUUAUAACCCAGUUUCUUAGGUAUAAGGAGCUGUGUUUUUAUUUCAUUUUCAAAGUCCUAGCACUUAACAGAAAACCCUUUUAAAUAUGCUUUUAUUUUAUUUUUGGAUGAUAGUUUUGUACUUUACAUUUUUUAAUACAACCAACCAGUGUUUUUCCUAGCUGAUCAUCUCUGAAGCGUUGCUGUUUCUCACUGACAAUAAAAAUGGUUUCAUGACGCCAGUUCGCCUUGUUGCGCAAUUCGUCAGCUGCAUCUCUGAGGCCUGGAGAGGGUGAGGAUGGCAGGCCACCCAGGGCCUGCGGUGAUGGUAAGGGGCCUGGCUCCAGACUGUCUUAGUGCCAGAUUUGCCCGCCUCAUUCAUGCCACCCCGAGAAAUCUUCUCCAUGAAUGCUGGGGUGUAGGGAUGCCAGAAAAGUCUGCCACAAUCUUCCUCAGGUCAUUUUCAUAUUACCUUUCUCCUCUUCUGGAAAGGAAUGGAAAAACCACGCAACCAAAUGGUCAAGAGUUAGGAAAAGAGUGGACUAACAGUCUGGCCUUUGGAUUUUGUCAUCAGGUCGGAAGGGGUAGCUUUUCUUGGAGGAAUCCUGGGCUCCUCAGAUGAGGCCCAAAGAAGGUGACAAGCUCCUCUGGGCAGAACAUGGGAGCAAUGGCCCACCUCCAUAGCCCGAGGGAGCUGUGCAUGAAGAGGUCUUGGUGGGCAGAGGCUGAGGACCCCAUUUGGGAAAGAUGUCAGUACUGGGUGGAUAUUAAGUGCAGGGCAACAUGGGGCUCAAAGCUAGAGCCAUCUAGAGAUGUGGGGUGGGCACUCACUUCUUAGAGAAAGAGUCCCCGGAUGAGAGAGAAUGAUGAUAAGAGCUCCAAUUGAUUGAGCUCCACUGUCCCCAGCACAGUGUUAUAGACAUGAUGAGAAUUAACUUCCUAUAUCAAGAUUUAGGAGGUGGAGAUGAUUAUUAUCCAGAUGAAGAAACAGAGGCAUGAAGUGACCUAACAUCAUCCACUUGGUAAGUGGAAAGGCUGGGAUUCAAACCCAGGCAGCCAGGUGGGAAGCUUGGCAUUUAACCAUGACCCUGUGCUAUCUGCUGGACACCUUUGUGCCUGAGUCCCUAUAGCCUUUGUCCACCCCAGUCUCUUCCUGGGGGCCCCCGGUUCCCUUUGCCAACAGGUCCCAGACCUGUUGCUGGUCCAGCUUCCAAUAUCCUCAACCAAAAUGUCCCAUUAUGGUGGUGGUUGGCAUUUUGUCUGCAUUGUGUGCUCCUGGUAAGGAGGCAGCUCCUGGAGGUUUGGAAUCUGGCUGAAUUCACUUUCCAAAAGAGCAAGAAGUGAGGGUCCUCAAGAAGUGGAGGAGCUGGACACCACUCCUGGGCAUCUCGUGGCUUCAUGUGUGGACACUGGAGCUUGUGUGUCCCUUCUUGUAUCUGUUAAUCCUGUUCUGCCCUUUUCCUCUCCAGGUUAUAGGCUUGAGAUUUCCAGGUGUGCUUUUUCUCAGUCCAAACUGUGAGAUCCCAACGUUUACUUUUCAAAUGUUUGCUCUUCCAACUCUAGUGGAAAAAAUCUCGACACAGACAAGAAAAUGGCUCCUUCCCCCUUUACCCACGACUGUAGAAAACCAGAUACGAUCCUCUGCCUUGAAAUUGCAUCUGUCGUUUCUCACCAAGGCAUCUUGCAGAGACUGUGGCUGUGUCCCGAGCAAGUCAGCUUUAACCUCUAAAAAUCCCAUCACUCUGUUCUCCUGGCUCAACAGUGUGUGGCCCUGGUGGUAAUAUUUCUGAAUUCCGUUUUCUGAAAACUGUCAGUAUCUGUGAGUUUUUAUGAAGUCUGAAAGGGUCUUGAGCACGCCUCCUUGUCCCAUAGAAAUGGGGCAAACAGUGAAAUUCGUGAAUUCUUAUUUAAACAGAGUUUGAGUGUCAAAUCUCAUCUCAGUUAGGACUCUCAUCGAGUUGAUGGCCCACUUGGUGCUUUUUCAGGACAACUCCAGAUGUUGUGGUCACGUGGCAAUAACAGCAAUGCCAGCAGUAAAAACAAUAACAAACAA